GCCUCAUAUGACCUUUCCUGUACUGGCUUCUAUAUGUGGUGAGGAUUAAUUUGUUUCUGUUUCUUGUCCACAGGAAAUCACAAAUUAACACAAACUGCAAAAGUAAUAAUCAAGAUAUGUGAACAUGAGAUGAAUGAAAUUGAAGUCUGCCCUGAAUGUUAUUUAGCUGCUUGCCAAAAAAGAGAUAAUUGGUUUUGUGAACCAUGUAGCAAUCCGCACCCUCUGGUCUGGGCUAAAUUAAAAGGAUUUCCCUUCUGGCCUGCUAAAGCCCUGAGAGAUAAAGAAGGACAGGUGGACGCCCGCUUCUUUGGACAGCAUGACAGGGCAUGGGUUCCAAUGAACAAUUGCUACCUCAUGUCAAAAGAGAUCCCUUUUUCUGUAAAGAAGACGAAGAGCAUCUUCAACAGUGCCAUGCAGGAGAUGGAGGUGUAUGUGGAAAACAUUCGCAAAAGGUUUGGUGUUUUUAAUUACGCUCCCUUUCGGACACCUUACACACCCAACAACCAGUACCAAAUGCUGCUUGACACUACCAAUCCAAGUGCUGGUACUGCCAAGACAGACAAACAGGAAAAGAUCAAGCUGAACUUUGACAUGACUGCAUCUCCGAAGAUCCUGAUGAGCAAACCCAUAUUAAGCAGCAGUGGAGGCCGACGGAUUUCAUUAACAGACAUGCCACGGUCCCCGAUGAGCACAAACUCCUCUGUGCACACCGGCUCAGAUGUAGAACCAGACGCUGAGAAGAAAGCAGUGUCCAGCCACUACAGUGCAAGUGAAGAGUCCAUGGACUUUAUAGAUAAGAGUACAGCUUCUCCUGUAUCCAUAAAGACCGGACAUGGUGGCAGUAUAUCAGGCAGCCCCAAACCUUUCUCACCACAAUCCUCUACACCAGUAACAUGUAAGACGGAGAGGAACACAAGCACAGGCAGUAUCCUCAACCUCAACCUUGACCGCAGUAAAGCGGAAAUGGACUUGAAGGAACUGAGUGAGUCUGUGCUUCAGCAGUCCACGGCAACCCCACUCAUCUCUCCCAAGAGGCAGAUCCGCAGCCGAUUCCAGCUCAAUCUGGACAAAACCAUUGAGAGCUGCAAAGCCCAAUUAGGAAUUAACGAGAUUCCGGAUGAUCCCGAUGCCACAGUGGAACACAGUGAUUCUGAGGAGUCCGAAAAGACAGAUUCUAGUGACAGUGAGUACGGGAGCGACGAGGAGCAGAAGUCAAAAAAUUAUGAGGAAGAAAAGGAAAGUGUGAAGGAAAAGGAACUCCCUCCAUCUUCAGUAAAGAAAAAAUCCAAGCCCUCAAUCCAAACAGAGGCAAAGGAUGAAUCCAAGAGUGCAACAGCGACAACAGAUAAAGCUGAUGCAGGGGGUAAGGAGAAGCUGGCAUCCACCGUAGAGAAGGAUGUUCCUGACAAAGGUAAACCCCUGACGCACUCUGCAAAGGAAAAAGUGAAGGGAAAGGAUGAUACAGACUCUCCUACUGUACACCUGGGACUGGACUCUGACUCUGAGAGCGAACUGGUCAUUGACUUGGGUGAAGAUCAUUCGGGGCGAGAAGGACGUAAAGCCAAAAAGGAUGCUAAAAUAAUAGCGACAAAACACCCAGAAAUAAAAUCCCCAACCACAGCCAGUGUCAGCAGUCUGCCAGCAGUUGACACCCCUAUCAUGACCCGCUCUGCAUCCCAGGCUGCCCCUGCUGUAGGGGUAACGGUGACUACAAGUUCAGCUUCAGCUGCAAGCACUCCGACGGCAGCUACUGGCAGCCCAGUGAAGAAGCAGAGACCUCUGCUCCCCAAGGAGACAGUUCCCACCGUGCAGAGAGUGGUGUGGAAUUCUUCCAGUAAGUUUCAGACCUCAUCCCAGAAAUGGCACAUGCAGAAAGUUCAAAGGCAACAGCAGCAGCAACAACAGCAGCAGCAACAGCCGAGCACGCCUGCGCCGUCACAGUCUCCACAAGGGACGAGAUACCAGACACGGCAGGCUGUGAAAGCGGUGCAGCAAAAAGAAGUCACACAAGCCACAUCCACCUCCACCAUAACCCUUGUGACCACCGCCCCACCACUAGCCAUGGUGACCAGCCCAGGACAGCCACUGACCACAUCAAUCACCAGUGACCUGCCCAUCGCUACCGCCUCAGCUGAUGUUGCUGCUGACAUUGCCAAAUACACCAGCAAGAUGAUGGAGGCAAUUAAAGGCACAAUGACUGAGAUAUACAAUGACUUGUCUAAGAAUACCACGGGGAACACCAUAGCGGAGAUUCGACGCUUACGAAUAGAGAUUGAAAAGCUGCAGUGGCUUCAUCAGCAGGAGCUGUCUGAAAUGAAGCAUAAUUUAGAACUAACCAUGGCAGAGAUGAGGCAGAGUCUGGAGCAGGAGAGGGACCGGCUGAUUGCAGAGGUGAAGAAACAAACUGAGCUGGAAAAGCAGCAAGCAGUGGAUGAGACCAAGAAGAAGCAGUGGUGUGCCAAUUGCAAGAAGGAGGCCAUUUUCUACUGUUGCUGGAACACCAGCUACUGUGAUUACCCAUGCCAGCAGGCGCACUGGCCCGAGCACAUGAAGUCCUGCACGCAGUCAGCCACUGCUACACAGCAGGAAGCUGACCCUGACCUCAGCACGGAUAAAACGGCACAAGCAACAACAGGUACCCAGCCACAGCCUGCUGAAACCACCACAACGCCGAAAGAGAAGGAUGGCACAGCUGAUAAGAGCAAAGAGAGUGUCACUAUAGCAACAGGUGUGGCAAGCAGCCAGCCCAUAAAACUGGUCCACGUACCGCAGAACGCUGCCUUUAUCCCAACUACUCAGUCCACAAUUACCAUCCCUGUGGUUGUGAGCCCCAGUGCCGGAGCGGUGGCGAUGAGAGCCGGUGUUCAGUAUGUGCAGACCACCAUGCCGGUCCAGGUGAGAAGAGUGUGACCUGUAAGCAUUAAAAACAGCAAGACAAUACGGAAACACUACAUUGUGCGUGUCCGGAGCCAGCGACUCGUCCUGUAUGUAAAUAAUGUACAAUCUGUGGAUGUGAUUAAGAGUAGAACCAUCUUUUUAUAUUUGUAUUCACUUUAACUUAUGAACGUUUAUCCGGAGCCACGACAUUAAAACACCGAUUAUGACAGAUACUGCUGAAAUCCUGCUAUCUCGCAGAACGGAUGGAUGCCAAGGUGUAGAUAAGCAGAUGACUCUUGUAUCAGUAUAAUCAGUGUACAAAGGAGAAGUGCAGUGAAUGAUACAAGCUUCUAUGUGAAAAAUAAUCACAGCUAAUGCCGCAUUCAUGGCAAGAGGCAGCGGCAUUCAAUCAAAGAUUAACCCUAGUGUGGGAUCGUACCGCAGGAACAAUCCUAGUAACCAGAGAGGAAUACGAAGCGCCAUGUUUAUCUGUGGACAACAUCUGUGGACAACGUUGCAAAAAAUAUAUGGUGGCGCCUUCAGUCUGUUACAUUGCCACCACAGAAAUUCACUUUGUAUCUUAUGUAAAAUCACUGCUGAUGUCUGUAUAUGAGGACCCUCUGUAUAAAAUCAUUCCAGUGCCACGCGUUGUACAUUUAUCACACUGUUGAUUUUUCACCAUUGUUAAUAACGGAGAUAGUGUGUACAGUAACAAAUGGCGAAUACAAGAUGGCAGCAAGGCGCCAUCAACCCCGAGUGAGAGGCAAUAUCAGUGGCAAGCGGUUUGAAGCGCAGGACUGGCCAGCUUUCCCUUGUGAAACAUAAUUGCUUUUAGCAUAUGGAAGUAUUUUUUCACAUUUUCUUUGUAUAAAAUUUGUAUUAAAUUCAAACAUUUCCUUUU